CAAAUAGUUUUAUUUUUUAUCUCAAAAUCAACCAUCAAUGAUCCAUUUUGUGCUUCUUAUCAGUCGACAAGGAAAAGUGAGGCUCACAAAAUGGUAUUCACCAUAUUCUCAAAAGGAGAGAUCCAAGAUAAUUAGAGAGUUAUGUGGAUUAAUUAUCUCUAGAGCUCCGAAACUGUGCAACUUUGUGGAGUGGAAGGGAUUCAAAGUUGUUUAUAAAAGAUAUGCUAGUCUCUACUUCUGCAUUUGCAAUGAUGAAGAAGACAACGAAUUAGAGACCUUGGCCAUUAUUCAUCACUUUGUCGAGACGUUGGAUCGUUAUUUUGGCAGUGUUAGUAUCAAAUANUCUAAUUUUAGUAUGAGUUUAAUUUCUAUUUUAUUAAAAAAUUGUAAAGAUAUGGGACUGCAGGUCUAA